GACCCGCGGAGCCGCCGAGAGCAGCCAGAGAAGCGGAUCAACCGGACAUAAGCGACACCAUGAGCGGGCGCCUGAGCGAGGGGGCCAUCGGGCUCAUAAUGCAGCAAGGGGAUACUACUAUAAAACCCAUACUCCAAGUCAUUAACAUCCGACCGAUUGCUACAGGAAAUUCUCCACCCCGUUAUCGAAUGCUCAUGAGUGAUGGAUUGAAUACUGUAUCCUCUUUUAUGUUGGCAACUCAGCUAAAUGUACUGGUGGAGGAAGAACGCUUGUCCAGCAACUGCAUUUGCCAGGUUAACCGGUUCAUUGUUAAUACUCUGAAAUUUGGAAGGAAAGUGGUUAUAUUGAUGGAUUUAGAAGUUUUGCAAUCUGCUGAUGAAGUUGGAGGAAAGAUUGGCAAUCCGGUGCCCUAUAAUGAAGGACAAGGGCAGCAGCAAGCAGUGCCAGCUCCAGGGCCAGCAACUAAUCCAGUAGCCACCAAACCCCAGCAACAGAAUGGGAGUUCAGGCCUGGGUUCUACUGCAACCAAGAGCUUUGGUGUUUCCAAGACAUUUGGUAAAGUUGGGAAUGCUAACCUGAGCACUCCCGGAGGAUCCCAGCUGAAAGUCGUACCCAUCGCCAGCCUCAAUCCCUACCAGUCCAAGUGGACUAUUUGUGCUCGUGUUACUAAUAAAAGUCAGAUCCGCACCUGGAGCAACUCCCGAGGGGAAGGAAAACUUUUCUCUAUAGAAAUGGUUGAUGAAAGUGGUGAGAUCAGAGCUACUGCUUUUAAUGACCAGGUGGACAAAUUCUUUCCCCUCAUCGAUGUGAAUAAGGUGUAUUACUUCUCCAAAGGCACCCUGAAGAUUGCUAAUAAGCAAUUCACAGCUGUGAAGAAUGACUACGAGAUGACCUUCAAUAAUGAGACUUCUGUUGUGCUUUGUGAAGACGCUCAUCACUUACCUACAGUUCAGUUUGACUUCACAGUGAUCGGUGAUCUGGAGAACAAAGCCAAAGACUCACUUGUAGACAUCAUCGGGGUCUGUAAGAGCUACGAAGAUGCCAGCAAAGUCGUUGUGAAGUCUUCCAACAGGGAAGUGUCCAAGAGGAAUAUCCAUUUGAUGGACACGUCAGGGAAGGUGGUGACAACAACUCUGUGGGGAGAAGAUGCUGACAGAUUUGAUGGCUCUCGCCAGCCUGUGCUGGCCAUCAAAGGAGCCCGAGUCUCUGAUUUUGGUGGGCGGAGCCUCUCCGUCCUCUCUUCAAGCACAAUCCUUGUGAACCCUGAUAUUCCAGAGGCCUUUAAGCUGCGUGGAUGGUUUGACUCUGAAGGACAAGCCUUAGAAGUUGUUUCCAUCUCUGAUGCCAGGGGUGGAGGAACGGGAGGGAGUAAUACCAAUUGGAAAACUUUGUAUGAAGUUAAAUCUGAGAACCUGGGACAAGGUGACAAGGCGGAUUACUUCAGUUGUGUGGGAACAGUGGUGUACCUUCGCAAGGAGAACUGCAUGUACCAGGCUUGUCCCUCUCAAGAUUGCAAUAAGAAAGUGAUUGACCAGCAGAACGGGCUCUACCGAUGCGAGAAAUGUGAUCGUGAAUUUCCCAGUUUCAAGUACCGGAUGAUCCUGUCGGUCAAUAUUGCAGAUUUCCAGGAGAAUCAGUGGGUGACUUGUUUCCAGGAAUCUGCAGAAGCUAUCCUUGGGCAGAACACAGCGUAUCUUGGGGAAUUAAAAGACAAGAAUGAGCAGGCGUUUGAGGAAGUCUUCCAGAAUGCCAACUUUCGUUCCUACACAUUCAGGAUCAGAGUCAAACUGGAGACUUACAAUGACGAGUCUCGCAUCAAGGCCUCCGUGGUGGAUGUGAAGCCUGUAGACUACCGAGAAUACGGCAAGAGGCUCAUCAUGAAUAUUAGGAAACAUGCUGCUCGGCAAAUGUGAGCAGGCGGCUGCCAGUUGGGGGCCCAGAAUGACCCAAGAACUGGUGUGUGCUGGAUCUCUUCCCACCCCCCGUGUGACAGUUGAGCUUGCAGAGCUGCCCUUUAUGGUGGACUAAGCAAUUCCCUUUGUUGAGUGAGCCCAGGAACCCCUUGGUAGGUAAAGAGGCGUGUGCUCAGAAUUGUGACCAUAACCGUGUCGGGCCCGCGGGCCAGAGUCGGACGGUACCGUACCAGUCGUCACUGCCAUUCGCUCCGAGCGUCCGUUGCUUUUAUUAAGAUAUCAUUCUCUUUAGGUCGGAGUCAUGUCCAAAGUCAUUAUCCCUAGAUUUGCAGACAACAAAAUAAAUGGUUUCCCCAAGAUUUCCUUUCUCUGGAGGGUGACCUCUCUGGAACUUUCUGGGGAAGGAAUUGGAAAAGCAGCGACUGUAGAGACCUGAGUGUUAGCACAAGGGUUUCCUCCUAGAAUUCAAAGGCUUCCUCCUUCGAGAGGGGCCGCGUCGCUGUUAACGCCUGGAAUGGCAAGACGGCAGAAUUAUUAAUCAAAGACGUAUCUCUUCUAUCUGAAGAAUAUCCUUCCUUCAGGGUUUAAUAGACUGAGUCAGAUGGGUCUGAUAUUAAUCAAAAUUGUCUCUUCUGAGGAAGGCUGAUAAGCAUUGACUCACUGUCCCCUCGGGAAAUCUAGGCGACUACAAAGCUUUGCUUGAGUUUUCACUUCAAUUAACAUCACGUUUUGAAUUGAUGAUUGUACACGUUUCCUACCUGUAUAUAUUUCCUGCAUUUGUAUGUUUCACUUCUUCCGUUUUGGUCGAAGCUGUUUAAAUAAGGAGAGAAUUAUAAAGGGGGGAGGGGACCCUCUGUUUCUAUUGCUUUGUUUCAAUAAAUAGUAUAUUUAGUUCUCUGUGAAUCCUACUUUCUUUGAACUCAAAGGGUUCUACUUACUGGAAAGCAAUUAAUUAGCCUUCAUAAUAAAUGUUCACUUGGGGGAGAUGUUAACUUAUUACGAACUCUAAGAUUAGACCGAGGCAUAGAGAUCUCUAUUCCUGA